GGCGCCCGGGCCCGCGGGGCGGCGCGUGGAUGGAUCCGCGCGUGGCCUGGAUCCAGCCCGAGCAGAAAGGGCCGGCCAAUGCCCUGUGGAUGCAGAUCUGGGAGACCUCGCAGGGCGUGGGCCGCGGCGGUUCGGGCUUCGCGUCCUACUUCUGCCUCAACUCGCCCGCGCUGGACCCCGCGGCCGCGGCGGGGGCGGCCGGGCUGGGCGGCGGCAGCCUGGCGGGGCCCGCGCUGCCCUCCGCGUCCCCCCCGCCGCCCGCGCCCGGGCCCGGCGCGCUGCCCCCCGCGCUGCUGACGGCGCUCGGGCCCGCGGCCGAGGGCGCCCGGCGCCUGCACAAGUCGCCGUCGCUGUCGUCGUCCUCGUCGUCCUCGUCCUCGUCCAACGCCGAGUCGGGCACCGAGAGCCCCGGCUGCUCCUCGUCGUCCUCCAGCGGCGCCUCGCUCGGCCGGGCGGGCGGCGGCCGCGGCGGCGCCUUCUGCCACUUCGCCGACGGGCCUCCGAGCGCCCCCGGAGCGGCCAACGGGCACCCGGGACCGCGCGGCCCCGCGCCCGCCGGCUCCCCGCCGCAGCUCCACCAGUUCCACCCGGGCCGCCGGAAACGCGAGAACAAGGCCAGCACGUACGGCCUCAACUACCUGCUGUCCGGCAGCCGCGCGGCCGCGCUGAGCGGAGGGGGCGGCCCCGGGCCCCAGGCGCCGCGGCCCGGCACGCCGUGGAAGAGCCGCGCGUACAGCCCGGGCAUCCAGGGACUUCAUGAGGAAAUAAUUGACUUUUAUAACUUCAUGUCCCCUUGUCCUGAAGAAGCAGCCAUGAGAAGAGAGGUGGUGAAAAGGAUCGAAACUGUGGUGAAAGAUCUUUGGCCGACGGCUGAUGUGCAGAUAUUUGGCAGCUUCAGCACAGGGCUCUAUCUUCCCACCAGUGACAUCGACUUAGUGGUCUUUGGAAAAUGGGAGCGCCCUCCUCUGCAGCUGCUGGAGCAGGCCCUGCGGAAGCACAACGUGGCCGAGCCGGGCUCCAUCAAGGUCCUCGACAAGGCAACGGUACCAAUAAUAAAGCUCACGGACCAGGAGACGGAAGUUAAAGUCGACAUCAGCUUUAACAUGGAGACUGGGGUCCGGGCGGCGGAGUUCAUCAAGAAUUACAUGAAGAAAUAUUCAUUGCUGCCUUACUUGAUUUUAGUAUUGAAACAGUUCCUCCUGCAGAGGGACCUGAAUGAAGUUUUUACAGGUGGAAUUAGCUCAUACAGCCUGAUUUUAAUGGCCAUUAGCUUUCUACAGCUGCAUCCAAGAAUUGAUGCCCGGAGAGCUGAUGAAAACCUUGGAAUGCUUCUCGUAGAAUUUUUUGAACUCUACGGAAGAAAUUUUAAUUACUUGAAAACUGGUAUUAGAAUCAAAGAAGGAGGUGCCUAUAUCGCCAAAGAGGAGAUCAUGAAAGCCAUGACCAGCGGGUAUCGACCGUCGAUGCUGUGCAUUGAGGACCCCCUGCUGCCUGGGAACGACGUGGGCCGGAGCUCCUACGGGGCCAUGCAGGUGAAGCAGGUGUUCGACUACGCCUACAUCGUGCUCAGCCACGCCGUGUCGCCGCUCGCCAGGUCCUAUCCCAACAGGGACUCCGAAAGCACCUUAGGCAGGAUCAUCAAGGUGACUCAGGAGGUGAUCGACUACCGGACGUGGAUCAAGGAGAAGUGGGGCGGCAGGGCCCCCCCGGCGCCAGACCCUGACAACAGGGUCAAGAUCACCGAGCGGAUGGGCGCGUGUGAGGGGGAGCAGCCUGCGCGCCGGGAGCCCGAGUCGCCCUACGGCCCGCGCCUGACCCUGUCCCUGCCCAGCCCCCAGCUCCUGUCCUCCGGCUCGUCCGCCUCCUCCGUGUCCUCGCUUUCCGGAAGCGACAUCGAUUCGGACACGCCGCCCUGCACGACACCCAGCGUGUACCAGUUCAGCCUCCAGGUGCCAACCCCUCUGCUGGCCAGCCUGCCGGCCGCCCUGCCCAUACCAAGUGGCAAACCUCAGUCCGCCACGUCCAGAACGUUGGUCAUGACAAGUAACGCCCAGACCAGGUUUACUAUACCUCCACCAACGCUAGGGGUGGCCCCCGUGCCCUGUAGACAAGCUGUCAUCGAAGGAGCUCCAGCACUGAAAGCCGUCCACCACGUGUCUUCCCCAGCCAUCCCGUCUGCGUCCCCCAACCUGCUCUCCAGCCCUCACCUGUAUCACAAGCAGCACAGCGGCAUGAAACUGUCCCUGAAGGGCUCCCACAGCCACGGCCAGGGUGGCAGCUACAGCGCGGUGGGCAGCGGAGGCGUGCGGCCUCCCGCGGGCAACCGGGGGCACCACCAGUACAACCGCACCGGCUGGAGGAGGAAGAAACACACGCACACGAGGGACAGCCUGCCCGUCAGUCUCAGCAGAUAAUGCUGCCGGUGGCGCCGCUCGGCCCCACGUCCAGACUGAAGCGGGGUGGCCUUGGCGCCCCCGGACCUGAGACCAGCAUCCAGCACGUCAGCCGGGCCCCACCGCCUGCCGCUGCUCACUCUGCAUGUUCCUUGUGUGGUGGUCGCGUCCAUCGUAAAGAACAGCUCCUUGUGCCCAUCUGUGAAGCCUUACUAGACGUGGAUGCUGUCUCCUGCCUUCCCAGGACUCUCCCUUCAGUGCCGGAGCAGGUCUGGACCGGGAACUGCGGGGACGGACGGGGCCUUGGCGUUUCUCGGCACCACGUCUGUCCUUUGCGUGGGGUACUUUCGUUUCACGUUGUCAGAGCAACGGAGAUCGAACCCUGUUAUCCGUUGGGAGGUCGUCAUUGUUUUACUGCCUUCACUUUUUGUUUCCGAUUUCAGAACUGUUUUUCUAUGUAAAUAUUGAAAACUUAUGAUUUGUGCAAUAACUCAGAUAUUUUUUAUUUAAUUUCAUAUUUUCACAUAAGUUAUAUUUAAGGGAGGAGGGAAUUUUUUAAACACGCUUAGAUCCUUUCCCGAGUUGCAUUUUCUGAGUUGGGUUCAUCCUGUCGGCUGGCUGUCUGAGCAUCGUGGCGGACACCGUGGGCGAGGGGCCUGGGUUUAUUUUUAUCUUCCUUUUUUGGGUCAGACGUGAGGCCUCUCAGAUCGUGGUGAAGGAGCUGAGUACCCCCAGCAGGUUUCCGAAGGGGUUCAGCUCCAAAGCCUCCUGACCAGCUGCCCGCGGGCUCUGCCGUCCGGCCUGUCUGUUGUCUUGCUCUGACCACGGAGUUUUAAUGUUUUGGGUUUGGUUCUUUUAACCUACACAACAGACCCAGCAUUUAAAGUGCCAGAGUAUAACUUUCUAUGAGGAGAAAAGGUUGUCACGUUAUAAAAUCUUAAACAAAUGUGAACUUUGAAACGCUUCAGUUUUAGUAACACAGCCUGUCAUGAUGGGUGUGGGGCGUAUCGUCACGGACAGUGGUACCCAGUUUUAGGAAUGUGGAGAAAGGAAUUAUGUUGAUUCCAUUGUGGAAUCUGUAGCAGUAUGCAUUCGUUCUGUUAAGAGCAAAUAUAGGAGAAGUACUUGAGCUGCUCAGCGCGCCGGGGGGGGAUCUGUAACACAUCGCAGGCGAGCACAGCCCAGCGUCGAGCCCAGGGCGGCCGGCACCCGACGGGAGAAGCAUACAGGUAUACUAUGCAAGUGUCUCCUGCCAUGACAACCACUGUCUUUGUUACCCAUUUUGAACACUACGAUACCCAUCCUGCCUCACCCUGAGUUUUCGGAGCACCACAGGUGUCCUGGGAGUUAGGGGCCUCUCCUGGGUCAUCCGGCACCCAUUUUUAAAACAGGGGUCCUGGCCCUGCUGACACUACAGGUGGGAUGGUUUUUGAAGUCCACUAGCAGAGAAGGUCAGGACGGGAAGUUUACUGCCAUGACCCCAGCGACGUGCAGGAGCGGGGCAUUCUCGAGUGGGGUCAGAGCGUGACAAGCCUCACCGUGCCUGCGGCCCCCGGGAAGCAGGUCUGGCCCCUGUGCGUUGAGAGCUGCCGGCCGCGCCUGCAGGCUCCCUGGGCGGUGUCCGAGCCGAGUAGCACACUUUGUCUGCGGUUCUUGAUGAUCGAAGGUUAUAAAAAAUAUUUAAAGGUAUUUAAAUUGUUGAACCUGUUGAUAAAUAUUUAUAAAAACUGAUACGUAGGCCUGUACUAAUCUCUACGCGUUAGCAAUAUCGAUGGUAGCCCUCCUCUAAGGAAACGCUGCUGGCCCGGUGGGAGCGCCUGUGCAGGGGUGCGUCUCUGGGCGCCCAGUCUCCGCCCAGGCGCCAGGCUCCAGCCCGCCACAGCGAACCGAUGAAUUGGCCUGGCCCCCCGUGGCCAAGCGCCGCAGGCCUGACGACAAGAUAUCAUGUUUCGAUUUUUUUUGUGUGUGGACAACAAUGUGGAAGCUAAAAUUGACAUAUUUUUAUGUAAAGUUUUUCUAUUCUUUGAUUUUUAAUAAACUUUGGAAACCAGG